AUGUCUGGGAAAUAUUCUGUCGAAGAUCUGUUGAAGUUGCGAGCAUCACCGCUAAUAUGUAAACCUCCAAAUCUUCCACCCAUAGAGGAAUGGAUGGGUGCACAAGAACUGAGUGGCAGGAGGCCUAUCCCUCGAGGAAUCAAAGAUGAACAGCCGAUCCAGAAUGAACCAUUUCAAAAGAGACCGACCAUAAUUGACGCCCAGCGUCGAUCAACUACCGAUCCUGACCGUAUAGUUCUCGGCCCUCCUCGACGAUCAUUCGCUUCUAACGCCCGCGUGGCAAGCAAGUCGCAAGAUUUAGCAGACGAUUUGGGCAAUAACAAGGAACGGUCAACAUUGAAUGAUAAAUCCAGAAAUGGGGAAGACGUCGACUCCCGGCACCAUGAGCGGAGGUAUACCCAAACAAAUGGUCGCCACGGUAAUCGUCAAGAGAGCGAAGAGCCAGAGAUUGAAGGUCGUCGUGACUAUGACCGGAGGCCGAAGUGGGGAGGCAGAGACAGAAAUGAUCAAGACUUAGACAACGAUCAAGCAGCGGAAGAUUCGACACGUGGUUUCAGGAGGGACACGCAGUCGAGGGCGAAGCUUUCGCAGUCAUGGUUUAAAAGAGACAAUGGAGAUACUGAGGACGAUAAGACACCUGACUGGCGUCGUGAUCGUGCCAGAGACCGUGACUGGGACAGGGAUCGCGGUGCCAAAGUGGAAGCGGAACCCGAAUGGAUGGACUCGACAGAACCCGGAGAGCCUUUCCAAGCGCGUACCCAGGAGGACUUCCAACGCUGGAAAGAAAGGAUGAAGGCCGGCAGCGCCGCACCAUCUGACACCGUUGGAGCAGCUGCCCCCAGUCCAUCAGCUGAAGAGAAACCGGCCAAGAGAGUCGUUUCCGCCGAGCCAGACGACUCGAUGGACAAAUUCUUUGCCAGAUUCGAGUCCAAAGCGACCGAACAAAAGGCCGGGCCCUCAAAGUCACAUGGAAAAACACGUUUUGCGUCACUUUUCAGCCCUCCCACGGAACAAAAUAAGCAAGUCGAAAAUCCUACUCAGGCGUUGUUCACCGAGAGACCUACAUCUGCCCAAGCGACAGGUUCAUCGACGGAUGCUGACCAAGCUGGAUUCGCUCGCAUUCUCGAAAUGUUGCAGACACGAAGUAACAACCCGACUCCUCAAAACCAAGAGGGAGCAAAACCGAAAACACCUUUAUAUGCGAGGGCGACCGAGCCAAAGACCGAACCUGAAGCAAAGCCGCCCACGCCUACACUCUGGGCGUUACUGUCUGGCCAGCUUGAUUCUCAACCGCGGCAGUCUGAGCAAAUACACCCACCUGUCGCCCAGGAUAGAUAUACAGAGAGCAAAUCUCCAAUUGAACAAUCCACGCAUACACGACAGCAGUCUAGCAUCACCAAAGAUGAAGUUCUCUUGACCUUGCUCCGUCAAGCCAGCCUGGCACCCAAGCCCCAACCACCACCGCCUAUAGCCGCCGGGGGGAUGUUUGGCUUGCCUCCUCCGGAGCCCAGCAAUCGUGCGGUGCAGCCAAGAGGGCCGGUGAUUUCACCCAUCCAAGCACUACAAGAUCCAAUAGUGGCACAGCGAAGAGAGCCAAGAGGGUCCAUAUUCGACGAAUCACCAGUGUCCAUGUAUCAAAACGAACAGACGCAGCGCGAACAACCCGGUGGUAGGAGGCCGACCAACGGUGCCCAGCCCGUGUUUGCGGACGCACCUCUGAUGGCGCUUCUGCGUGGCCAAGCACCUCCACAGAGACAAAUGCAGCCUACACAACCACCUCAAGCACUUCCACCUGGUCUUCAACGACCUCCUGGACUGGAUCAAAUGGCACGACAGAAUCCAAGCUGGCCUCCUCAGCAGCCCCAGCAGCCCCCACCACAGCCUUCACGCCAGCCGUCCCUCCCACCUGGCCUGGCCAACCUCCCUCGGGGGAUGUCAGGGGCACCAUAUAGUCAACCCCAGCAGAUCCCGAAUCAGCCAACUCUACCACCAUCACAGCGCCCACAGCAGCCACAGCCACAACGUAAAUACACUGCUGAGUCUUCUGGAAUGCCCCCGAAUCUUCCCCCCGGUAUGUAUCCUCCGCCGGGUUUCAUGGGUGCAGGUCCACCACCAGGCUUUCCAGGUGGAGUGGCCAAUCAUCCGGCAGCCCGGUUUGGGGGUGAUCCAGCAGCUCAGCAACGAGCUCUCAUGGAGAUGUAUGGUGAAGUUGGCGUCAGAGGGCUGGGACUGAGAGGUGGUGCAGGGAGUUCUGGGAUGCCGCCGUAUCGGUGA